AUGACAGGCCUUGGCUCACCAUGUGGUGCGUGCAAGUUCCUACGCAGGAAGUGUGUGAAGGGGUGUGUCUUCACUCCAUAUUUCUGUCAUGAGCAAGGGGCUGCACACUUUGCUGCUAUCCAUAAGGUCUUUGGGGCUAGCAAUGCCUCAAAGCUCCUAAUGCAUCUCCCGAUAAGUGACCGCUGCGAAGCUGCAGUCACUAUGUCAUAUGAGGCACAGGCCAGGCUUCAGGAUCCAAUAUAUGGCUGUGUUGCUCACAUCUUUUCUCUGCAACAACAGGUGGUCAGUCUGCAAGCAGAACUAGAGUCUUUCAAAGCUCUAGCAACUCAAGGAUAUGGAGAUGGGUCCUUGACAUCAAACUCUCAGAAAGAAAACUGUGAAAGAUUAGCACCUUAUAUUCAAGAUGGGCAGCUCUUUUUCCACCCAACAAUGGCAAACAAUUCUUCAGUAAAGAGUGAAAGGCAGUUAUACUUUGCAAAUGACUGCUUCACAUCAACAUCAACUCAACAUUCUGAAGGUUAUGAGCCAGAUUUAUACAUGCCUGACUACUACAACAACAGCAAUCCUUCUUGCACCACGCAAGGGAGUGGGUAUCAUGGUAUGGAUGACCUUCAGUCAGUAGCCUUUGCCUAUCUGCAUGAAGCAUGA